AGUCCACGAGUAUACCAUAUUUACAAUCCGGCAUCGGCUCCUAAGGUUUCUAUACAACAUCACUCCUCAUACCUACGGAGAAACAAGCCUUCUAUACCUACAUAGGUACUUAGUUGGCAUCAUGGGUAGACGCAGCAUCGAAUUUCCCCCUAAAACGUCCAAGAAAGCCAAGACGGCCCAACUUCCUAUCCCUAAUGAAUCGACUCAGCCAGGGUCAUCACCACUGGUACAAUAUGUGCUUAACCUCCAGACACACGAACAGGCCGCUAUCGGCGAGCCGUAUGAGAGACCGUCUACCACAGUCUACUUGCAGAACUGGGACCGGACCUGGGCGGCGGCAAGUGAGCGCAAGGGAUGAAGGACUGACCUCAACGGAAAUAUAAGCGAGGAAUCAACCAAUCAGCUAUUGGGGAGGGAGUAAAGUGAACGAUUUUAUGAGAGUUUAUCAUGAUUGGAAAUAAUGGUCUCUAUUGAGUAUCCAAUUCUUUAUUUCGGCAGGGACGAUAAUACGUGGACCGCACCCCCUAAUUGAUAACUACACUGUUUAUUUUUAAUCAAAUCAAGUACGCUAAUCUAAUCAAUGAGACAUGUGAUAGAAUGUGUCCAUUGAGAACAUAACCCUAGAUAAACACA